GAGUGAGCAGAGCAUCAUAAGCAAACGGGUGCUCAAGUUUGGUGCCAUUAUCUUGAUUUUGGCAAGGACGUUUAUGGAUUUGCAUGUGUGAGGUGGAUCGGGUUUGAUCACAUUUUGGGACACGUGCAAAGACUGGGUAUGUAACAGUGAAUGUUACUGAAGUUUUAUUUUCCUUAUUUAAAGCCAGUGUAUUUUCCUGUCGUUGAAUCUGUUUACAUGGAAUGUUGGAAUUCAUGUUAGCAACAAUUAUGAGUGUACUUAAAACAUAUCAUACUUUGAUAAAAUUAUUAGAAUGUAUUAAAAGAUUGUGUUUUUUGGUACUCAUGUAUUUCAUGAAAACGGUGGAGUUUACUGGUGGGCUAAUGUGCUGUUAUUGUUAUUCAAUAUUAGGCUCUACCGUAUUUCAUUUCAUUUUAUUUUACUCCAUUUCAUUUCACUCAAGGGUGAUUCAGAAAUACAAAAAUUACCCAUAUUUGUACUCUGAACUUUUAAAGUUUGAGACUAUUUCUGGAUUGUAUUUCUCACAUUUUGAAAUCAGUGCUUGAUCUUUUGUUUUUUUGUCAAAUGAGCACAACAGAGUCCUAAGAUUUACUUUAUUUUAUGAUUGUUUUUCAUCAGUACCUACUCCCAUCGAUCGUUGUCCUUCUGAGAGACAGCUGUCAGAAUAAAACCCAUAAAAUAUACUUUUUUUGUAUUGUGUGGCGUUUCCUUCUAAUCCAUAGGCCACAUUUUGGUACCAGGAGUGGGGUAUCUGACUGUUGGGAGUCUAUAGUUUUUUUUUUAUGUCUUGAAAUACGGUAGAGCUGAAGAUAGGUGCUUGUGGAACACGGAGUGAAGGCAAACUUUCUCGGUGCGGUUGUCCAGCGAACAGACGUCAGCCGGCUGGAGGUGACAAUACUGCUAAGCGAGAGGAAGAAGAGUGCCUUAUCCAUUGUGGUCUGCAUCGUGCUUUCCGAGGAGACACCUAUCAAGAGACUGUCUAAAAAGGAAGAGGGGUGUAUUCUAUGAGGAGCUGAGAACAUAUCCUUUGACUCCCAAAUAAUAACGAACUGAUUAAGAGACUAUUUUUUGUCCAAAGCAACUGUUUCCAUUUUGUUAAACUGAAGAAAAUUGUAUACUGCAACAAUGUCACAAUCAGAUGAUGUUGCUCCACUUUUACCAGCUGAUGAGUAUUGUGAUGAACAGGGUGCAAGUAGUGGUAGGCAUGACAUGUACGUACAAAUUCAAGAACUUAAUAGAAAGCAUGAGGAAACUAUGGCAGCAAUUGCUAACUUAAGUAGAGAGCCAACCAGGUCUUACAUUUAUGUACCAAGAGAACGUCACAUACAACCAUUCAGUGGUGAUUUGAACAAAGAUGGGAGAUUUGUUGACGAGUUUAUUGAAGAGGUAGAGAGGGUGAUGCAUGCUAGAAGUCAGACUAUGGAAGACCAGUUAGACUUUGUCCUCUCACUUCUUAAAGGGGCAGCUUUAGAGGAGGUCAGAUUGCGAAUGGGGAAUGAUGCAAAACAUCCAUGUGACAUUUUUGAAUAUCUGAGAGAAGCUUUCAGAGAAAAGCGCAGUGUAUCUCAGCUAUUGCAAACAUUCUAUAGCCGUAAACAAUUAGAAGGGGAGGAUAUUCGUGCCUACUCCCAUGCACUGUCCCAGAUUCUGAACUCUAUUCAGAAAAAAUCAGCAAAUGCUGUUGCAAAUGCGAGCAUGGCAAUUCGAGAUCAAUUUAUUGAGGGCAUUAGAGACGCUAGCCUUAGGAGAGACCUUCGAAAGCUGGUUAGAGACAAGCCAGAGUCAACACUUAUUGAAGUGCGAGAUGAAGCUCUCACGUGGUCUUUAGAAGAUCCCAAGCCUCGUGUCCCAAAAGUAAUCAGCAAUCAUAGUGUUGUAUCUGAGACCGUUGAAGCCCAAUGUGCUGCUGUUGCACCUGAAACCAAAACAGUCUUGAAGAAGUUUUGAAAAUUGUAGCAGAACAAGGAAGAGCUAUAGGAGAGCUAACCCAAGCUGUGGAGAAACUCACCACAAAGUGCUUCAAGUCAGAGCCUGUAACCCAAAGCAACCCCAAUGUGCAGCCAAGGUUUACAGAUGAUGGGCAGCCAAUUUGUUUCCGGUGUAAUUGUGUAGGACACAUCGCUAAGAGGUGCAUGAGAAGAAACAAACAGGCUGUUACAGACCAAGCUACUAGCUCUGGGCCCCAGGGAAACACCCGCCCUCGGUUGCUGUGAGCCAGGCAAUGCGAGGGCAGUCAGUUGGCUCAACUAGUGUAGAUACUAGUCGUGAUAGACUACUUGAACGUGCUGUUGGAAAAUGUCCUAUUGCUAAUCUCAAAAUAAAUGGGGUGAGUGCCACUUGUCUGCUGGAUACAGGAAGUCAAGUCAGCACUAUUUCUGAGAGUUUUUUCAGGGAACACCUGUGUGGUGAGGAUAAAGAUAUGCUCUCAACAUCAGGAUGGCUGAAAAUAACUGCGGCCAAUGGUUUGGACAUACCUUAUCUCGGUUACCUUGAGUUGAAAGUUGAAACCAUGGGUAUUGUCCUCUCUGAAUGUGGCUUCCUUGUAGUCAGAGACACACUGAACUCCCCUCUUGUACCAGCACUAAUUGGCAUGAAUAUUAUCAGCAGAUGCAGACAACUGGUACAUGCAGAGUUUGACACCACCCUUGGUGGGAAAUUGCAGUCUAAUUGGAGAGAGGCAUUUCAACAACUGCACCAUGCAAGUAGCCAAGAGAGAAGGACAGCCGUUUGUUUAGCUGGAAAAGACAUGGUACACAUACCUGCUUCUUCAGUUGCGACUGUGCUGGCUAAACGCACAAAACAUAUGUCACAUGAUGACUCAUUUGACUACCUACUAGAGCCACUGAAUAUACCAUUACCAGGUGGAUUAAUUGUUGUUCCCUGUCUGGUGGCCGGAGGGAAACAGUUGUUUCCUGUGCAAGUGGUGAAUCUUUCCCCAGAAGACAUCUGGUUGCGGGCCCGAACCAGGCUUGGGACUGUAACUCACAUUGAGAGUUUGAAAUUGAAUGAGACAUGUGAGGUUAAGUUCCAACGAAUUUCAGCUGAUACUGAGGAAAUAACUGUUAACACCAAAAGUGAUCAGGUAUUGGAGAACAGCUCAAAAGAGUUCCUCAGUAAGCUGCAUAUCGGUGGUACCCUUGAGCAGCAAACAGAGCUGAGUAAUUUGUUGAUGCAGUAUUCUGAUGUGUUCGCACUCGAGGAUGAAGAUCUUGGUUUCACUGAUAAGGUGCAACAUGAGAUCCAUGUAACCGAUGAUAUUCCAGUGACACAGCCUUACAGGCGUAUACCACCCACCAGUGAUGGAGUACUCGAGUCCUGGACUCGGACUCGAGUCCGACUCGAGUCACUAUUCUUUGGACUCGAGUCCGACUCGAGACUCCAUUCUCUGGACUCGUGACU